UGGCUUCCUGUUUACUCGCGCCUCCGAUUUCUCGGAACUACCCAAGCCCUGUUCCUGUUUAAACGACCGUAAAGAACUUUUUAAAACUAUUUAAGUUUCUUCCUUCGCUUUCUGCAUCAGGAUUACAGUGUCAGAUGGGACACGGACUGGGAGUUUUACUUUUUCUCACAGUUUCUCUUCAUCUUUCAUCAGCAGUCUCACACUCUCUGCAGUACUUCUACACUGGAGUUAGAGGAAUAAAUUUCCCAGAAUUCACUGAAGUUGGUCUGGUGGAUGGAGAGCAGUUCAGUUACUACGACAGUAUCAUCAGGAGGGUGAUCCCAAAGGCAGAGUGGAUACAGAAGGUCAACACUGAUGAUCCAGAUUACUGGAACAGACAGACACAGGUUGUGCGGGGAACACAGGAGCUCUUCAAAGCCAAUAUGGCUACAGUGAUGCAGCGCUUUAAUCACACUGCAGGAGUUCACACAGUGCAGGAGAUGGUCGGCUGUGAGCUGGAUGAUGACGGCACCACUAGAGGAUACAGUCAGUUCGGUUAUGAUGGAGAAGAUUUCAUCAGUUUGGAUCUGAAAACUCUCACCUGGACUGCAGCUAAACCUCAAGCUCUGAUCACCAAACACAAGUGGGAGAAGAAUCCUGGUGACACUGUGGGCCGGAAGAACUACCUGGAGAACAUCUGUAUCGAGUGGUUAAAGAAGUACGUGUCUUACGGCAGAGAGACUCUGGAGAGGAAAGUUCGUCCCGAGGCGUCAGUGUUCCACAAACGCUCUCCUUCUCCAGAGGUGGUGUGUCACGCUACAGGUUUCUUCCCCAAAGCAGUGAUGAUCACCUGGCAGAAGGACGGAGAGGACCUGAUUGAGGACGUGGAGCUCACAGAGACGCUACCCAACCAGGAUGGAAGCUUCCAGAAGAGGAGCAUUCUGAAAGUCCCAGCUGAGGAGCUGCAGAGACACAAAUACACCUGCGUGGUUCAGCACAGCAGCUUGGGGGAGGGGAAGGAUUUAGUGCUGCCUGUGAGCGAGCGGCGAAUCCUGAGAGGUGGAGGAUGGAUUGCUAUCAUCAUUGGUGUCCUUAUGGCUCUCGUCGCUCUCAUCACUGUUGUCGCUGCUGUUGUCUUCUUGAAGAAGGCAAUGUUCUCUGGAUUCGGACCUGUUCCCUCCAAACCCUCCUCUGAAGGAGAUUCUUCCUCCAACAACUCUUAAACUGUGGCUGUGUGUCUUCCUGCUGGAGUGAGAGAGUAUAGCGGUGUUCACACGGCACAUAUUUGCAUCGAUGCUGCACCGAUGUAUUUUGUUGCGAUAUAUCUUACACCGGUGUAAAUUUUGUGGAGCGUUCACACGUCACAACCCUGCUUACUAGAGAGAAGCGUGUUAGCACCGGUGCAGCCCCACUUGCGUUCACACGGCAGUUUUUGCGACCGUGCUAUACGAUAGUAAUAAUGCGGAAAUGAAAUAUGCGCAUGCAUGAAAAUGUACUUCCUUUUCCCGGUUGUCAUGGCAUCACCAAGCGCCGGGAAAACAACGUGGAUGAAGACGCGCAGUUCUGUUGUUGUUGAUAUUCGCCAUUUUGGAAGCACAAAAUACAGGAUGCAAAUUAUGCAAUGCCUGUAUGUAAUCAGCUCUCCUCACGCGUAGCAAGUCUACCCCGUAGCGUUCAGACGUCCCAUUUUAUAUCGGUGCUGCCCCGCAAACUGGCAUUUACUCCGGAGUAAAUUUCUUAAACCACCUCCCGAGCAGGGUUAGAUUUGCACCAGUUUAAGCAGCUUUCAGGGGCGACACCGCUAUAACUUUGUACCAUGUGAACGCUCUACCGGGGCAGCCCCGGUGCUACACCGGAGUAAAAGUUGCCAUGUGAACACCCCUAAAGACAUGAUGAUGUUUACAGUGUAAUAUGGAAUAAAAAUGUGUGUGUGGAGUGAAAAUCCAGCAGAAAAGCCUGAGCUCACAUUAAAUCUCAGAUCAGAGCUGA